CCACCAGCUAGCUGUCCGUCGACAGACACACUCCGGAAUAUAUAUAUUUCGUGCCCACUUGCUCACCAAGCUUGUCGUUGUUCCUAUGCUGUCUGUUCUCUGCUGUAUAACCACAUCCACCCAUACCCGAGGCCGCCUGGAGGAGCCCGCCGACAAGAGGACUCGGCAGACUGGACGACGAUCACUCUUGUUCAAGACCUUGACCAGGGCCGGAAGAACCCCCGAUUAGCCGCCCAUCAUGGACUCCGAACCAAACCACGAGGCCCGGACCUCGGUCAGCAUCGACGAGAAGAACGUUGCAGUGCCUGUCAUGCCGGCCAUCCCCGUCAUGGCCACGCCGGUUCUCCCGGUGGAGAAGAUCCGGGCCCUGUCGUUCCCUCGCGGCAUGACCGAGCACGACGAGUUGCAAGAUAUCGAGAAUCUGGGUCAUCGCUACGAUUCCAAUUUGAUCCCCAUGUUUGAGAAGCGUGCCUCGGCAACUAUCCUCGAAGUCUUCUACGAUUUCUGGGUUGUCGCCGUCUUGGGUAUCUUUAUGAAUGUGCAUGCUGUGAGCGACCCGGCCGCCUUGUGGUCUUAUAUCGGCUACAUCAGUCUUGUGUGGUUCAACUGGUUUCUUGUCGGAUGCUUCGAUGUGCGCUAUGUCACCGACAGCAUUUUCUCAAGAGUCGCCCGCACCUUGCAUCUCGGCGUCAUCGUAGGGUUCGGUGUCGUCGCUCCGAACUACGACCCAACCAAGCAGAACAAGGGAACCUGGCAGUGCAUGUCACUCAUCCUGAUGGUCUCGCGCCUUGUGCUCGUCCUUGAGUAUUCUACCAUUCUCUGGCACAUCCGGAAAUUCAAGAAGGGCAGGCUUCCUCUACUUGCUGCCCUCAGUUUUCACUUUGUAGCUGCCAUGGUCUACCUUGGUGUUUCCUUUCGCUUCGAGGACGGGCGCAAUAGUAAUGCUUACAUUGCUUGGUACCUCCUCAUGGCUCUUGAGGCCAUUAUUCAGCUCGGCCUGGCGCUGUACUCCAAGGUUCUGUCUUUCAACGGUACACAUCUGGCUGAGCGAAUGACUAUCUUCACGAUGUUCAUCCUUGGCGAAGGCGUCAUGGUGGUUAUGGAUAGUGUUGUAAACAUUGUCAAGAACAAUGGAUGGACGCCCUCCACGAUUGGUGUUCUCGUCGCCGCCGUGGGCACCAUCUAUAUUGUCUUCAUGCUAUACAAUGACUGGAUGGUGGGAUACUCCAGGCUGGUGAAUUGGCGCCAGCUCGCCUGGACGAUUUUGCACUACCCAUUCCACGUUUUCCUUCUCCUGUUCAUCAAGGGAAGCGCCCAGUUCAUGAUCUGGUGGAAAGUCACCCAAGUCGAGGCUGGAAUCGACGAUAAAUUUGACCACACCUUUGACAAUCUGAACGUGGAGUACGUUACGAGCGAAGAUGUCGUCUCUUCCUUGAACAAGACCGUCCAGGACGUGUGGACAGAGUACAAGCCAGUAUGGUCCAUUGUGAUGGACGAGGUCGAUUACUGGUUCACUGAACUACGGGCUAUUGACGAUAAAGAGUGGAACAUCCCGGAUGACCAGAACACUGAGGAGUUCUGGAACACAUACCGCAACGCACUCGACUAUAUACGCAUUGCUGUGGUGAACAGUGUGUUUGGAAACUUCAAAAUCGACGCCAUUCAGGAUCUGUAUGAUGCUGGGGACUUGGACAAGCUCGACAUACACGAAGCGAAUGCCAAGGCGUACGAUGCAACCACGGAGCGCUUCUAUCUGGUGUUUCAGUACGUCUUUACAUGCGCCGGCCUAGCGCUCAUCACCAUGACGAUUCUGUACCUUCUCAUCAAGCGCCAACGCAAUUCCCGCCGAGUCUCCAUCUUCUUCUACAUUCGUACAGCUAUAUUCUUCCUCCUGGGUAUCGGGAUGAGUCUGGUGACUCUGCUCAGCCUUGACUGGGACAACAAGGGACGAUAUUACUUGUACACGCCAUGGCUGCUGCCUACGCUGUGCAUGGUCUUCAUCGUUCUCAUCAUCCUGACACACAUUCCGCAGCCGCCGCCCGCAGUCGUCCUCAGUCGCGUGCCAAACCCGCUGCGAAAAUGGACUGGCGGACGUGGGGGCGACCAGACCGGCGCAGCGGAGGGCAUGAUAAGGGCGCCCACAUAUGGUUCCAGCACCAUGCAGCGACUACGCGGCUUUGUGGGCGGCAAGAAAACGAGCACCUCUUACUCCGCUUCAUCCAACAGCGGGGGUGGCCAAUACAGCCAGGUCCACGUCACGGAGAUGACGAUGAAUCCAGGAAGUCGGCACUCGAGCGGCAGUAUGCAUGAGCAUGGCAUAACGCCGCCACCCAGCAACAACGUGGCUUAUGACCCGUAUACGUGGAAUAGCCCGCAGCAAACACCGCCAGUGUCUACACAGUACUACGGCGCCGCCGGAUAUGCGCCCCAAGGGCAGCAACAACAACAACAAACAUUUCAGCAAUAUGAACAGUACAGGCCACAGCAGCCAUACCAACAGCAAGGGCAACAGCAGCAACACGCACCGCAUCCAGGUUAUUGACUGAAAGAUCGAUCGACCUUAGGCGGGAGUAAACCAAUGAGAUACAAUUAGCGAGCAUUGAUUAGGGUACGGAGUACUGGGGUCAUGUAAUGAUUUAGGUCUCCUUCUUUGACAUAUUAUCGUGAAGAGAGGAUACUUCAUAUGGAGCAGCAAAAAGAAUUCCCAUGGGUUAUCUGAACCCAAACGUUGUUUUUAAUGAUAGAGAAGAAUAUGAAAAACUGCUGUUUGGUCAAUAUCCA